AUGCCUGGGGAGGGAGAGAAGUACCCCCCAGUCAUGGUGGUUUUCCAACUCAUCCGCCAGAGUGCUCCUACACCGGCUGAGGGAGGACAGUGCCGCGCACGCAGGCCGGCUGCAGGCCGCAGCGCACCGGGGGCAGGCGGGCCGCCCGCGGGCCCUCCUCUCCUCACGCGGGACACGGCCCCGCCCGGGGCUCGCACCCCCGGCCCUCAGGGACUCCUCAAGCAAGGCUCUGGCGGCGCCGCUUCACUUACUUCCCGGCUCGACGUCGGAGCGGCGGUUUUGCCUCUCCUGGCCCGGCCCCGGUGCCCGGUCUGCUCCCGGCGCCGCAGAGCCCGGCCCGGCCGAGCGGCGUCCCCGUCGCUAUGGCGACCCGCGCGCCGCCUCCCGCCCGCCUCAGCGGCCCGCGCUUCUGAUUGGCUGCAGAGUCCAGCACCACCGCCCAAUAGCCGCAGACUCUGGAACUACGGCUCCCAGGAGGCUCCGCGGCGGAGCCACCGCCUGUUUACCGGCCGUGCCGGUGCCGCUCCCCGCGUGCAGCCCCGCCACGUGACCGGCCGGGGGUCAGGAGCGGCCUCGGCCCGUCCCGGGCGCUCCCGGCGCGGCUCCCGGGCGCUCCCGACUCUCCUGACUGUGAGCGUCCGCCCGCUGGACCCGCAGCGCUGGCCGGGCGCGGAGCGGGUGCUGGUGGCCGUGAGCGGCGGCAGCCCCGGGCGGGAGCGGGAGCGGGGCGCGGUGCGGGUGGAGCACGACGAGGCGCUGGGGCAGGUGGCCAUCGAGGCGGACGGCGUGGACAGCAAGGCCGCCGUGGACGUGCGGACGCCGGUGAAGUUCGAUUUGGAUAUCAAAACGUCAGGGACUGGCUGCGUGAAGAUUCAGAAAAUAGAAUGUGAUAACUGCAAAAUAGAAACAGAGAAGGGGACUAGUGUCUUGCAGUCCAUAAAGAGCCAUAAAAUAGAUAUACGGACAAAUGGUGGCAAAGUAAUUGGUCUUGGAACACUUCAUGGCAAUACAGAUAUUUGUGCAACAGAAAAGGGGAGUGUAAAUAUAGAGAAGCUGCAGGGGACAACCAUCAAUAUAUCUACUGAAGAUGGGCUGCUGAAAACCAAAUAUCUCUAUGCAGAAUCAGCAUCUCUCUCUUCAGAAUCUGGUGAUAUUAUGCUGGGAAGUGUUCAUGGUAAUACCAACCUUCAGACCAAAAGAGGGAGUAUCACAGUAGAUUCAUCAGAUGGAAGUCUAAAAGCUUCUACAUAUCAUGGGACAAUAGAUGUUUAUGUCAGUCAAUUAAGAAAAGUGGAUCUGAAAUCCCAGAAAGGUUCAAUUACAGUCAAGGUACCUGCAUCUCUCAAAGCCUAUUUAGAGCUGUCUGGAAGAAAAGUGGAUGUGAGCUCAGAGAUCCAGUUAAAAGAAACACAGAGUGCCUCCAAAGAUGAUCAUGUAACUCUAAGUGGUCACAUGAAUCAAAGGGAUGAAACAGACAAAUGGAUUAAGGCUGACACACAAAAUGGCAAAGUGUGUCUUAAAAGCCAAAGCUGGAUCCAGUCUGUCAAGCUGAAGAGUUCUUAAAGAUGAAAUAGCCCAAAGAGAUUAAAUCAAGAAACUACAAAGGAACAUUUCUGUAAAAUUAUGAAAAGUUUUGGAUGAAUAUUAAUAUAAAAGAGAAACUAUUAAAAAUGAGAGCAUUUUAACCCAAGAUUUGCCUGUGACAGUGCUGGUGCUAAACAGUCUGGUUUACUUUUAGUGCCUUUUAGGAAUGAGAUGAUCUUCCAUAUUCAGAAUUCAUAUAACUUGACCCAUUUACCCUAUCAGUUUAAAAGCUGGUAGCUUUCAAACAAAAGUUUGGAGUUGUCAUUUAAAAAUUUUAAAAAGCAUUUUCAACACUUCCAAGAUGGCAUGCUUUACAAGCUCUGUUUAAUAUUUUUAAAUUAAAUGUCGCAAUUCUGUGGGAAUUCUGCUGGUUUAUGCAAAUCACAGAGAAUUUUCUUCAACCAAAUUGUAUCAUGGAUAGGAAAAAAUCACUUUCAGUAUGGUUCUUAUGUGGUCUUUUCAUUUGGUGUUUGAACCCUGAGCAGUUUCUGCCUGGGUGAUUGGAACUUUCUGUGUAAAAAUACUUCUGUGAAACGGCAGUACUUGCUCUGUGUCAUCCUGAACUUCUGGUUUGUGGCUAGAAAGAAGAACUCCAGCUUUGUCUACCGCUGCUCAUCUGCAAAGAAAAGCUUUUAAAAUAAAUAAAAGUGCCAUAGAUCUGGCUGAUUUCAAGGAGGAGCAUCCUCCACCUGGACCACAGGGGAGAGUCCACCUGAGCAUUCCCCUGCAGGAGAAGCUGCCAUAGAAGGGAAGUGUUGCCCUCGUGGCUGAGCUGGAAUCUCUUUGUUUGCUCCAUCUGCAGUGACUGAGAGCCCUGUCCUGCAAAGCUGCCCUGGGAGGCAGGAGGGCUGAGGGGAGCAGGGAGGUCUGCACAAGAGCAGCUCUGAUUUUUGUGGAGGGUUCUGUGUUACUGUAAAACGAGCACACAGUAAAGUAAAUGGGGCUUUUAAAAGCCUUUCCAUGCAUCUCUAUGGCACCUAAUGAAAGGAGUAGUGAAAUUUGUGUUUUAAGCUAAAUGUCAGAAUCCCUGCCAGCUGAGGGGAUGGUGAGGAGCAGGAGAGAAUUCAGACUGCCAGGCUUUAAGUUUUGUGUAUAAGUGUAUGUUCUUUAGGUCAUAAUGGUACAUUAUGAAAUUAACUUCUUUGCCACAGGAUUCCCCAGGAGAUAUAAUUGCCCCUGGCUAAUGGACUUCAAGAGUCAAGGGCAGCAUAUCUACUGUAAUUAAAACUUCCUGUUUAUUGUUGUGUGUACUGCUUGUUGAGAUGAGGUGGGCACUGAUGCAUGUGACAAAUUAUAUGUAUUUUUAAUAUAAACACUAAUAUAUAAAACAUAAUAGUAUUACUAUAAAGGCAUUACAAUAUUUUUAGAUAUUAGUUAUUAUAUUUUUAGAAGUUACAAAAUUAAUAAAUUAUAAUUAUUUUGGAUAUCCAGAAAAA